UCGCUGGAUCACAUUGACAGUAAUGGAAACAGCAGCCCGGGCUGCUCUCCUCAGCCUCACAUACAUUCUAUCCACGUCAAGGAAGAACCAGUGAUUGCAGAGGAUGAAGACUGUCCAAUGUCCUUGGUGACAACAGCAAAUCACAGUCCAGAAUUGGAAGAUGAUAGAGAGAUUGAGGAAGAGCCUUUAUCUGAAGAUCUCGAAUGAAAAGAGACUUGAGAAACCUCAGAAUGAAGGGACAUAUCACUGACCUUCAGAACCACUCCACAACCAUGAAUAUUUGACAAAUUUUUACUGUGACUAUUUAUUAAGCAUGGAUUAAGAAGAACAGCCCUAAAGGAACUUGUUAAGCCAGCCCUUUGGGACCCAGUUACAACAGGCAAAUUGCUUGUUUUUCUUCUUCUUCUUUUUUUCUUUUUUCAUUUUUUUUAAAGAUAAACUGAUUUUCUUGGAAAAAAAAAAAAAAACACAAAGAAAAAAAAACAAAACAAAACUGUUCUUUAUAUAAAGGCUUGCCCAUUUAAAAAAAUGUGGCUCAUAAGGGUUCAUGAAAUGACUGAAUAUGAGGAUACAUGUUCUGUAGAAAGCAAAUGGGCCUCAUAUACUGCCAAAAAUAGUGUUAGUUUCAUUAAUGUGAAUUUCCAGCAUACAGUAGUUGUAAUGUUAGAAACAAUUGCUGGUCAAGUUCAACUUGUUGCUAUUGUUUUUAAUUUGCACAGGAGUAGUAUCAGAAAUUAGUGUCACUGCUUGUAUCUAGCUGAAUUUUGAACAACAGAACAUUAGUUUUUUAUGUUGGUGCCACCAACUGUAAAUGACAUAAGUUAGUUAUUACAAACCACAGUAAUUAGACUGUUGCAACCAUCUAAAAACCUUUAGGCUUCCAGUCUGUGCUGUUAGUGUUAAGAUGUAAAGUGCAAUCCUAAGCUAACAUUGUCUGUGCAAGCACCAUAGAAACAUUUGCAUAUCUGCAUAUAUCUUACAACUGUACUCUUUACCUCCUUGUGAUAAAGCUUUGUCUACCUGCAAACACAGUCAAAGGCUACAGCUGCAAACCAAAGCCAACUCUAACAAUGGCCAAUAGCUCAACGACAGAAGCAGCCACAUGCUUUGGUCAGCCUUCUGUAACUUUAAUUAGUACAAAGGAACCUUUCCAUGAACUACCUGCUGUUUUCUGAUGACCUCUGGGAUCUUUUCAUUUAGCCCUAUACAAAGAAACAAAUAUGAAAAAAGUCAAUUCAGUCACAGUGUAAUCUUCUGAGGCCAAAAGUCAAUCUAAAUGCAGUGAAGAUUUGCUUUCAUUUAAGACAGAGGUGAAAACAAUGUCUGCAGUGGAAGUUAUGAUAGAAAGCAACACAUGUGGAUCACUGACCAAAAUAAUUAUGUACUUGAUGCAAAUGCAGAUUGCAUAUUGUUAUAUAUAAUGCAUUAUGUUUUAUUUUUUCCCAUUCAGUCUGUUUUUUUCUGUGGUGAAUACAUGUUGUUAGAAGAUGUCUUGUAUGGUCUUAAUCUUUGUUGUGUACUAUUUUUUAUAGUCUUAAGUUAUAAUAAUAAUAAAAAAAAAAAAGUAGGAACCAAACAUAAAAG